UGUGUUCUUGUUAAGGACUUGUUUGUGCUAGAUAAUAUAGUGCAUUAGUCCCCCUGAUCUGUAUCGAGAGAUAUAGCUUGUUAGAUUGUUUGUUUUAGUGUUUUUUAUUGCACAGCUCCGUUAGUUUUCCUGAUCUCACGUUUCGUUUGUGUGCGGUGUAAUAUUUUGGGCUGAGUGUGUGAUGAGCGAGGAUGGGUUAUGCGAGGAGACCUCUGCUAAACGUAGGAAACUUAGCAAUUCCUCCGAUACUGAACACCCCCAAUUCUCCAACAAUGACCUGCAAUCUGAACUGGAAACUAGUAUUGAAGUGACUUCAUUAGAAGAAGAAAAUGAAGAGGAGCAGAACGAAAAUGAGUCUGAAAAAGAAGAGCAGAUUGUUAACGAACACAAGUUUAAAAAAGAGGAGCAUAUUGUUCACGAAAAUGAUUCCGAAAAAGACGAGCAGAUUCAGAUUAUUAACGAACAUGAGUCUGAUUCUGAAGUUGAUUUGUUAGAGGAAGAUUCGGGUAUAGACCAUGAUAUUGCGAGAGAGCAGGAGGACACCACCUGUACUGCUGAAACAGAGAAGAGACAGCUACAGGAGACUGACAAGGAAGUAUCGAGUAACAACAUUACUAACCUGUCGUCCCUAACUGGGGUGACUGAACAACACUUUGGUGCUCUUACUGAUCUACAGCAGGACCUACAGAAACUCAUCGCAUCUGAUAACGGUGAUAGUACAGCGAGCAUGAUGAAGAUCAAGCAAGAAUUAUUCAGUCCUGACGAGCUAUCCCCGACAUCAAUGAUGAACUCUGAGAACUUUGAUCCUAGCCGGAUACAACUUGCUGCUGAAUCGUUUCGUAACAUCUGCAUGACACUUGCACGUGCAAAACACCUCAACGAGACGCGGGAGAUAAAAAUGGAUCUAUCUAACAAAGAGCUAUGGGAGAAGUUCCACUUAGUAGGUAACGAGAUGAUCAUAACUAGAUCCGGUAGACGGCUCUUCCCCAAACUCUCCUGCUCUGUAACCGGACUAAAACCCUCCGCACAGUACGUGCUAUUAGUGGACAUAGUACCAGCGGAUAACAGGAGAUACAGGUACUGCAGCCAGCAGGAGAAGUGGGUUGGAGCAGGUCACGCCCGACAUGACCCUCCUAAACAAGUGUACAUCCACCCAGCCUCCCCACAGACAGGAGAACACUGGAUGGACGGGGAGAUUAGCUUCCACAAACUCAAAGUACAGACCAGCAACUUCUACGAGGAGUACAGCGGGCACACGGUACUGAACUCACAGCACCGGUACCAGCCCCGUGUUCAUGUGGUACAGUGUAAUGAUAUAUACCGGGUACCUCAGUGCCCCUUCAAAACCUUCAUUUUCCCUGAGACAGCUUUCUUCGCAGUCACCACUUACCAGAGCACUAAUAUAACGGAGAUGAAGAUUGCUAACAACCCCUUUGCUAAAGGGUUCAGGGCCCCAGGGACUGCUACUCAAGCAGCAGGUGACCGACACGAAGCUAAGGGGACGGAGAAUAUUGUGAUAGAGUUGGACUCGUAUGGUGCACCGCCUUUUCUAGCUGCGGGGGGAGCUAUAAAACACACGGCGUGCGGGAAAUCUCCCAAAACAGAAAGUGGUCUAGCACCCUCAAUGCUAUCAUCAGCAGCAAAGCCUGGUUCAAGAUACCAACAGCCUCACUCCAAACCCAACCCUAACUGGGUCUACUCUGGUUCUAGUCACAGACCUACUCUCAUCACUGCUCAGCCACUCUUCCAGAACCAAAUGAGAUUGGAGGGAAUAUCCAGAUGAAGUUGAAUGAAUCAUGUUCCGGGGCACCCACAAAUGGUGUCCGGUCCUCACAGGUACCCAGUAUCAAGUAUGCCAGUGUCGUCCGAGUACCCUAUACAGAGGAUAAUGAGGCCGGUGUACGGGGCAACCCCAGCAGG